CUCGCGCCGUGAGGCUCACGGCCUUGGAAAGCUGCGCCGAUGACGCUGCAACUGCCGAGGCAGGGAACUCUGAAAUAUCGCGAGAUUUUUGAGCCCCGCAAGCUCGAGAUUGAGUAGUGUCGCCGCUGGAGAUUGUAUGCUCAUUGGUCGAGCACGGCCCUGCUAGGAACUGCUCGUCUUUGCUGGGAGCUGCCGACAAGUCAGAACCAACGGCACCAUGGGAAAUAUUUUUGGGAACCUGCUGAAAAGCUUGAUUGGGAAGAAGGAGAUGCGUAUUCUGAUGGUGGGGCUGGACGCAGCAGGGAAAACCACCAUCCUGUACAAACUUAAACUUGGAGAGAUUGUCACCACUAUUCCUACUAUCGGAUUCAAUGUGGAAACUGUGGAGUACAAGAAUAUCAGCUUCACAGUGUGGGAUGUGGGCGGCCAGGACAAGAUUCGGCCCCUUUGGAGACAUUAUUUCCAGAACACGCAGGGCCUGAUCUUCGUGGUGGACAGCAACGACCGCGAGCGCGUCAACGAAGCCCGGGAGGAGCUGAUGAGGAUGCUGGCCGAGGACGAGCUGCGGGAUGCCGUGCUCCUCGUCUUCGCCAACAAGCAGGACCUCCCCAAUGCUAUGAAUGCGGCUGAGAUCACAGACAAGCUGGGCCUGCACUCCCUGCGCCACCGCAACUGGUACAUCCAGGCCACCUGUGCCACCAGUGGGGAUGGCCUCUAUGAGGGCCUGGACUGGCUGGCCAACCAGCUCAAGAACAAAAAGUGAGGUGGGCCUUUGUGCCAUGGGAGGGGCUGGGGAACGGGGGAGGGCGGGACUUAAACUUGUCAGGUCGUCUUAUUUUUUCCUUUAUGUUUUUAAGGGCACUGGGGUGGGUUUUGGAUUGAGGGUCUUAAUGCCCCCCCCUCUACCAACACUCACACUAAAAUAUCAUUCUUUCCCUCUCCUACAGUACUGUUAUUUUUGACUAUCUUGAAAAGAGAACAGGUACUGGGCUUCCCUGUGUGUCGAAUCUGGCAUAAAUCUACUGUAGAUAUAAAAACAAAGUGACAGAUCUUUUGAUUGAAUUGUACUGUCAGCAGCAAUUGAUAAUUUGAUAUUAAUGGAUAUCUUUCAGAGUCAGUCUUACUAUAAGAGGGGCUGGCAGAUGGUAAUUGAUGAGUGCGCCUCUGGGAGCAGGCCUAGGAAGAGCCUCAGUCAGGCCACACGUUCCCCUGAUGACACUUGUGUAACUGUUUGUUCGUCACUCCGCACCCAUGGCUUCCAUUAUCGCUGUCGUUAGCUUUAGCAUUUGCACAUGUGCAAUCCGCAUGUCCUGCUUCAUCUGCCAAUGAUGACACUCUACUGAUACUUGCGCAUCCAUUAUUUUGACCGCAAAACCAUUAGAGCCAAUUAAUUGGGAAAUGGGAAAAUGCCAUGGAUUUGGGGGCUAUAGCCAUGCCUGUUGUUGCUUUUUCAUUAUUUUUCAAUCAGAUAUAUUUCCUCUUCAGACCCAAGUCUACGGGGAGUCACUGGAGAGUAGAGACCUUUGAAGGGUAGGGCUGGGUUCAUAGGUCACACGGCUCUGUUUGUGCAGCUCUGCAAAUUCUUCAUGUGUCCUGUGAUUGUAUUCAGUGUUGCAUCCCUGUCUAAUACCAAUAAUUUCUCGCAGUGUUAUGUGUGUUUUCAGCUUUGGGUCUGAUCUUGGCAGGUAUUCACGCAGCCUGUGGACAUGCCGGCUGCGUGCUUUAUUUCGGCUUGUUCUCUGCUGUGGUAAACUUCUUGAAACCUCAGAAAAAAAAGUACAGAAGUCAGUGAUAUUCAAUAUCAGCUCUGAUGAAUUGAUGGGUCUUGUUCUGGAUGAGAGGGACACUAAAAAUAUAUCGAAUUUGCCAGAAAGAGCUCUGGUGUCCUGUAAAGCUACUGGUUUACAUUUUAAUUAUUUAAAAUGUUUUUCUUUGUGUUGUGGAAAUUUUUCAUACUUUCAUGGAUCAUUUCCGUGAAUUUGGAAGCAUGUAAACUAACCCAUUCUCUAACGAGCACUGAUCUCUGUCCCUCGUCUGUGCUGAACCUGUAUCCACUGACCACAGACACAGAGUAGCCAGAACACGUACUUUGAUGGUUUAUGUUUCUCACCAAAGCCUGCACUGCGAUUAUGCAGAACCUGCUACUCUUCCAUGGCUCCAGACCCUUGUGUCAUGCCGUGGCUGCAUGUGCUGCUGGUCUCACAGCUUGAAUGGAGAGAUAUGUGGCUGCAGAGAGAGCCUGAGCGGCACUGAAGCACCCGAAUCUGCCUUUUCUCACGCUGCCGUUCACCAGCAGGACGUGAACACCGGCUGGAUGAGUGCUUUGGGUGGAGCUGGGGUCCGUCCAGGACAAUCCUAGGCACGCAUGAUGCUCUGUUUGGCCUGGGGGGGCCGGGCUGCACAACAGUGAUCUGUCAAACCUGGAAAUAAGCGUUUAUUUACCUUUGUUACUUUUGCUAUGGUAUAGUGAAAAUUUUUAUUGGAUUUAUUUUUGGGAUUUAUUGUUUAUUAUUUAUUUAUGGGUAUUUAUUGGAUGUAUUUAUUUCUGUACAAGAAUUGAGAGAGGCACACAAGCUUGAUUCCACUGUAGUAGUGAGUCUGUUAUUCCUUUAGACUUGAGUGACUUUAGUCAGAUGAAAAUACUGUCCUGUCAGGCAGAAGAGGCUUGGAAUGUAUUUCACAGAAUAGCUGGGAUGGAGUAAAAUGAGUGACAAGUUAUUAGAUAAAAUGGAGAGAACUGACAUUCCAUGUUUUUUUACUGUGUUAUAGAACCGUUACAUUAGUAGAUGUUUGAGGGUAAAUGUGUUUUUUUUAUUCAAACAAAAUAUUGCCGACUGACAGAGGAAAAACUGCAAUUUCAACCAGUAAUGUUACAUUCCAUCACUAACUGAGGCUAGGCCCAGCGAUUACGCCAGUCAGUGCCUGUACACUGACUGUACUCACACAGACACCCAGCUUCUCCUUAGUACAACAAAUCUGUUGAGCUGUAUCAUUUUUGUGGCCUUAUAUUAAUGGUGGUUGUGUUCUUCUUUCAUUGUUUUGCAAAUCAAACCUUGGGGUUAGGGGUGUAAUCAGAUUCCUUCUGCACCAUUUUGCUGGGUCAUUUGAUUGUUGCAAAAUGUAUUGCUGCUUUUAAUUAACAUUCCUGUUUCCCUGUUUACAUGUUUGUGUUUGUUCCUUAGCGAGAGACUAGUCUGCACGGUCUUCAUAUACAUCUCGUGGGCUUCUGUAUUUUAAGAGUGUGCUUGAUUUUCUGGUUGUAGAUUCGAUGUUUUGGGUCCAAUUUUGAUGGAUAGAAAUUGUUUGUGGAAAAACUGAUUAUGUAAAAAAAAAAAAAAACACUGCUGAUGAUGAAAUUCUCAGUAACAUACUGAAGAAAAAUAGUUAAUAAAAUGUGAAUCCUUGGGGUCAGCUUGAUCCUGUGACAGUUUAAAAAGUCCUGUGCUGAAAAAUAAACCUGUUUUCUGUUUGACCUGUCA